AUGCCGGUUGUCAAAGGAGGUGUCUGGACAAACAUCGAAGAUGAGGUGCUACGGGCAGCUGUCUCCAAGUACGGUCUUAACCAGUGGGCGCGAGUAUCUUCGCUGCUCGCGCGAAAGACUCCCAAGCAAUGCAAGGCGCGAUGGAUCGAAUGGCUGGACCCCGGCAUCCGCAAGGUCGAAUGGUCGAGGGAAGAGGAUGAAAAGCUGCUGCACCUGGCCAAAUUGAUGCCGACUCAGUGGCGCACAAUUGCACCUAUCGUCGGCCGCACGGCAACGCAGUGUCUGGAGCGUUAUCAGAAAUUGUUGGAUGAAGCCGAAGCUCGUGAGAAUGAUGAGCUGGGAUUAGGAGGUCCCGGCGAAGAGACCGCGGCCCCGAGUGCAGACGAUGUGCGCCGUCUACGGCCCGGUGAGCUCGACCCCGACCCGGAAUCGAAACCCGCUCGUCCCGACACGAUCGAUCUCGAUGAAGAUGAAAAAGAAAUGCUCAGCGAGGCCCGUGCUCGUCUGGCCAACACCCAAGGAAAGAAGGCGAAGCGCAAGGCCAGAGAACGACAACUGGAAGAAUCCCGGAGACUUGCAGUCCUUCAGAAACGUCGUGAACUCAAGAAUGCCGGGAUCAACAUCAAGGUCGUUACACGGAAGAAGGGCGAGAUGGACUACAACGCCGACAUCCCAUUCGAAAAGCCGGCCGCACCUGGAUUUUACGAUACGAUGGAGGAGGAAUCCCGGAAUGAGAGGCAACGAGAGAUGUUUGAUCCUCGUAAGCAACAACUGGCCAAUAAGCGGAAAGGCGAUCAAGAUGAUGAAGCCGAACGAAAGAAGAGAAAGAACGACAAGAACAGUACCUCGGCUGCAUCGGCCGCUGCUGCUCGCGCUGGUCAGAUGCAAAAGAUCCGUGAGGCGGAGCAAAGUAGCAAAAGACGCGCCCUCGUUCUCCCUACCCCGCAGGUCAGCGAAAGCGAGAUGGAGGACAUAAUCAAGAUGGGCAUGGCAGGCGACAAGGCUAGCAAGAUGUCCGGAGAUGAAGAAACCACUCGCGGUCUGAUUGGCAAUUAUUCGGCCAUUGUUGGAGGAACGCCUAUCAGAACCCCUCGGGCCGCACCAGAGGAAGAUCACAUCGCCAACGAAAUCCGCAAUAUCAAAGCUCUCACCGAAACGCAAUCGUCGUUGCUCGGUGGCGAGAACACCCCUUUACAUGAAGGAGGUUCUUCCACCGGGUUUGAUGGUAUCGCCCCUCGCCGUCAAGAGAUUGUGACCCCCAAUCCUAUGGCAACUCCUUUCCAUCAAGCCAACGGUGUCGGUGCAACGCCCAUGCGGGGAGGCGUUGGCGCCACGCCACGCGAUGGUCCUGGAGCCACACCCUUGCGGACACCUCGGGAUCAUUUCGCCCUGAACAAGGAGAUGGAAGGCGGACAACUUGUGCCGAGUACACCCAGAGACCUCAAACUACAGGAGAACCUCGCCCGCGACAGCAUCCGCAACAAGCUUGCCGCCCUUCCGAGGCCCAAAGAAAGCGAGUGGGAACUGGAAGAGCUUCCUUCCGAAUCGGCAGAACCCACAACAGCAGGCGAGUUCGUGGAAGAGGAUGCCGCCGAGCGCGACCGGAAAGAGCGGGAAGCGAAGGAGAAGGCUGCUCAAGCAGAGUUGAAGCGCCAGUCACAAGUAUAUCAGCGAUCAUUGCCGCGGCCGAGCGUUCUCGACAUUGAUGCCUUGAUUGAGCGAGCAUCGCACGUAACGGAUCCCAUUACCGCCUUGAUUGCCAAAGAGACUGCUCUUUUGAUUGCGAAUGACGCCCGCAGAUUCCCCGUACCCGGCGCUAAGGUAGAAGGGAGGGCUCGGAAGCUAGAGCAACUCGACGAUGAUUUGGUUGCUGCAGCUCGUGCGACUAUCGCCGCCGAAACUGUUACUUCGGGUCAGCAACAGGACUGGCAGGAAGGAUUCGAUACUCAGUGGUCCUCGACGCAUUCCAGCACUCUUCCCGGCCUCUCCAAUUAUGCCGAUGACGAGGAAGAUGAAUAUCAGCAGGAGCAGCGCAUGAUCGGCGCAUUUGAUAGCGUACAGACCUCUAUCUUUGCCACGGCCGAGCGCGGGAACAAGCUAGAAAAGAAGCUUGCUCUGCAUUAUGGUGGAUAUCAGAACCGAGCCAAGAUGCUUCGCACCAAGAUUUUAGAAGCCAGCUCUGCCCUAGAGAAAUCCAAGGACGAGUUGAAUGCCUUCCGCAACCUGCAGAUUUCGGAGGACUCGGCCCUCGCACACCGGCUGGAGCGGUUGCGAGACGAGGUGUCCUUUACCAUGAGACGAGAGCGCGAAGCUCAGGAGGUUUAUCGCACACGAAAAGACGAACUGGACGAGUUAGUGGCAGGGACUGGGGGGAUGGUCGAUGGAUGGCAUUGA